CAUCUGAACUAAAACAAAGAACUUACACUGACUUCUAUGCUCUUUAUACUUUUUUUAUUUUAUUUUAUAUAGUCUUAAUGCUAAUCAGAAUAAAAUAGUUUUAUUUAAAACAACAUUUUGUUUUGCACAGAUGUCACCUAUUUGCUCUUGUCUGGUAGCAGUCCUGUCUCUCUGAGAUGAUUUUUUAGCUGGAGAAGCCUGUGUGAUGAUGUCCUUAAGCCUGAUGUAUCAAAUACGGGAGUAUCGGGAUGCUGAUUACACAGCCGUGAGGAUGAUUUACUCUACUGGCUUCAGAGAACAUGUUGGGACAGUGUAUCUUCAGGCCCUGAAGCAGCCAUGGGCUCAAGCUCUGCUCUGUGGAGCUUUUCUGCUCAUCCAAGUCUUCUUCGGAUCAUUCCUGACCUGCAUUAUGGGUGUCGGUGGAGUUUUGCUGAUUAUUCGGAUGUCAGUGCAGUAUUUCUUUGAGCAGGGAAUUCAGCUUGGGCUCAACGAGGAUCUGUCGGACAUCAGGAGCUCCUACAUGCAAACUGGGAGCAAGAGCAGUUUUUGGGUUGCUGAAGAGAAAGGGUCUAUUGUUGGGACGGUGGGCAUUUUGCCCUGUGUGGAGGAGCCAGGUGCCUGGGAACUGAAAAGGAUCUCUGUGAAAAGGGAGUUUCGGGGCCGUGGCCUCGCGAAAGCUCUUUGUAAAACAGCCUUGGAUUUUGUUGCCAGACAUAAUGUGAGGAGAGUGGUGCUUUUCACCUCCAUGGUCCAAACUGACGCUCACAAGCUGUACAACACCAUUGGGUUCAAAAAGGAAGAGGAGUUUGUGUGGCCGUCACUUCCUGGCAGAUUGAUCAAGUUCAUGGUGUUUAAAUAUUCACACGGGACUGGUGAUGUAAUGUCAUUCUAAAAACGAUCUAUUCAUGUCAUAUGGUGCCAUUAACUACCAUGUAAAUCAGCAAUUGUGUGUUUGUGAGUGUGUAUUUUGGUCAUUUCUAUUUAGAAAACUUAAUCCCUAUAUAUUCAUUUUUAAAAAUAUUAUGUUUUUAUUUUAACCUUAAAGCAACACAGAGCAAUACAAAAACCAACAACUAUAAAGACAGAAAAGGCAAACAAAGCAAAAAAAGGACAAAAGACAGAAAAAAAGAUUUUAAAACCAUUAUAGUAUGGUAGAAUUAUCGUCCCGUCCACUAAAGAUGAAUUUACAAAUAACUUACCUGAUCUUUCUCUAUUUCUAAAUGCACCCGCAAAUGCAAAUGACCUUCAACUCUGAAAUCUGGACUUAACUUGAACUAUUUUAAGCUGCUUUGACACAAUCUACAUUGUAAAAAACACUGUAUAAAUAAACAUGAAUUUAAUUGAAUUGAAUAUCAUUAAAAAAAAAGGAAUCUGUUAAAGUUUUAAAUUAAAACUGUUGCCUAUUGUCAUUUAAAUGUGGCCAGCACAUUUAACUUUCCUUAGUCACUUUGAAGCGACAGCCAAUAUAGGAUUCCACUUGAUGUUAAAGCCUUCUUUUAGGGGUAAUUUUCACAAUUUAUUAUGGCAUAGCAGUCAAAAUAGAAAAAAAGCUCAUGUAUAGGACAAAUUUUGGAUCUUCAGUGAGGGGUGGGUCUUUCGAACCACCCAAACCACCCCCCUACCCCACCGGCUCUAAGCCUGGAUUGUUACAUCAGUUCCUCCAGGUUUAUACAUAGGUUAACAAUGUUACACAUAUAUUUCUAGGCCAGUGGGCACAGGCAAUAUGGUGAUCUUGCAAACAAUGACAGGGUCAUACCUUUAAACUGUUAUCCUUCACAUUUCACAGUUCAUUAAAAAAGGGUUUCCAGGUGGCUUCGAAGCCAGCAAUGUUAUCAGAAAGAUUGUGUCCAAGUCUCUCUAAAUGUAAAGUGCUUGAGAAUUCUGAAAGCCAGGAUUUAAAACGUGGUUUUCAUGCCUUUUUCCAUAGACAAAGAAUAUCUUUUUUAGCUCUCACCAUUCCAUAUUGGACAGCUUUUUACACUUGAUGACUUAACCCACAAAGUGGGUCAGACCAACCAAAAACAGCGAUUGCUCAGGGACGAGGUCACAAGAAUAAGCCUUAAGAGUAGAAUCUGAAAAUUUCGCUCCAAAACUCAAAAAGUUUUGGGAAUGACCAAUAAAGAUGUGUAAAGAAGCCCUCCGCAGAUUCACAUUUGUUACAUUUAGAGGAGAUGGACGGGUAGAAUUUAUUAAGCUUAACCCUAGAAAUAUAAUACCAAUACUACUUGUAUUGUAUUAGUUGGUGUCUUGAGUUAAUAGAACAUUUACUUAUGACCUUGAUAGACUUCUUCCAGUCCUCAUUGGUAAUUUGAAUACCUAAAUCUUUCUCCCAGGAAUCUUUUAAAUACAAGGUAGAUAUGUUAAACUGAUCAGUAAAGACAUCUAUAAAAUGGGAAAUCAAAUUAGAGGCAUCAGGACAGGCAGAAAGUAAUUUAUAUACAUCAUGUUCAUCUGCUAAUAGUUCAAAGUGGGAGAUAGAUGUACGAACAUAGUUUCUCAGCUGUAGAUAUCUAAAAACUGUGAUGGUAAAAGAUCAAAUUUCUGUUUCAGCUGAGGGAACGUCUAUAUAUUCAUUUUUCUAGGCUAUAUGGAAUACAAAAUCCUUAAAGCACAAAAUCUCAAAAUGAUCCAGCAUGGAGAUAAAAGCCGAGAAAGAGGAAGAGAAAUUGUAACAUUACCGGUAAUUUGCUGGAAUGCUGCGCUGUGUGAACGCAGAAGAAAGAUUGCCAGAAAGAUCGCGUUCACGUCUAGAAUUGCGCUGACAUGAGAUACUUUAGCCAAUCAGAUCACUCAGACGCAUUCACAUCCGCACUGUUUAUGAAUAUGAAAGCCUUUGAAUAUUUUUCCAGACACAUUUAACUGCUAGAUGUUAGUCAGAUAACGUUUCUAUCUUUAUUCUUAAUGUCAACUGUGUAAAUAAUUAUCGAUAAAAUGCUUAUGAUAAACUGCUGUUUGUUUACCUUCAAGCUCUGCUUCAGUUGCUUGAUGCGUGUGCACGUGAAGGUGCCGAUGAGCACCAGCACAUUAUGAACGUCUCGACAUGUGAAAAUGUUCCUCUAAAUCUUUUCUUAAGUUAUUCACAAUACUUAUCCAUCCACCGAAUUUGUAAUGUAAAGUGUGUAAACAUUCAGCUGCAGUUUGCGUUUCUGUCUUUGGAUGUCUCACAAAGCAACUGCAUGAAUGCUAAAGCUUUAAAUAAAAGAGAAACCAUCAAGAAAAGGCUGACCCCAUCUAUAUUUACCAAUGCAAGCGCAGCCGUUUAGAACUCAUUUCUGUUUAAUGAUGUCAGAAUUUACCAGUAUUCUGGAAUGGAUGUGUGAAUGGUCUUUUCCGGAAAAAUUACAGGACGUCUGUGCCUGUGUGAACACCUUUUUUAUGAAUUUACCGGUAAAGUCGUUCUGGCAAUUUUCAGUAUAUUUACCGGUAUCACUGUGUGAAAGAGGCUAAAAUGGUAUCAUUACAAUGGCAAAUAUUGUAGUUACAUUUUUAUAUAACUCUUUUAUAAAUAUAAAAAAUAAUAUAUAAUUUUAUAUGGAAGACAUUAUUCACUACUUGAAAAGUUGUCAUCUUUGAAAUGUUUCAAAUAGGGUCUAUACAGACAACAACAUUGGAUGCCAGGCUGUUGUUCUGCUAGAAAAUAUGUAUUUGUAUUAACAGUUUUCAUUGCCUUAAUAAAACGUGUUGAUAGUA